GACAGGCUCUGUGUCUCCUUCACUUCGCCCUCCAGCCGCACGUUCCGGAUAGGACAGGCCGCUCUGCGCUAAGUACAGGUUAAAAAAAAAAUGGCUGUCCCACCAUCUUAUGCUGACCUUGGCAAAUCUUCUAGAGACAUCUUCAGCAAAGGAUACGGGUUUGGACUGGUAAAACUUGACGUAAAGACAAAGUCUACAAGCGGAGUGGAAUUUACAACAUCUGGGUUAUCAAACACAGAUUCUGGGAAAGUGAAUGGCAGCUUAGAGACCAAAUACAAAUGGGGAGAGUAUGGACUGACUUUUACAGAGAAAUGGAACACCGAUAAUACUUUGGGGACAGAAAUUACCAUUGAAGACCAGAUUGCUAAAGGCCUUAAGCUGACAUUUGACACAACAUUUUCACCAAACACAGGUAAGAAGAGUGGCAAGGUUAAAGCUGCCUACAAGCGCGAAUAUGUGAACCUUGGCUGUGAUGUGGACUUCGAUUUUGCUGGUCCUGCCAUCCAUGGGUCAGCUGUCGUGGGUUAUGAAGGCUGGCUUGCCGGUUAUCAGAUGACCUUUGAUAGUGCCAAAUCAAAGUUGACCAAGAAUAACUUUGCAGUCGGUUACAAGACAGGAGACUUCCAGCUCCAUACCAAUGUCAAUGAUGGAGCUGAAUUUGCUGGCUCUAUCUAUCAGAAGGUCAGUGAUAAAUUGGAGACAGGAGUUAACCUUGCUUGGACAUCUGGAAACAACAGUACCCGCUUUGGCAUUGGUGCUAAGUACCAGUUGGACUCUAAUGCAUCUAUCUCUGCAAAGGUGAACAAUUCCAGCCUUGUUGGAGUAGGCUACACCCAGACUCUCAGGCCAGGGGUGAAACUGACUCUAUCUGCAUUGGUAGACGGAAAGAACAUAAAUGCUGGUGGCCACAAACUUGGCUUAGGUCUGGAAUUAGAAGCUUAAGCUUUUCUCCCUUCUGUUUGCAACCACCAAGGGAUAUCCAGGAAACUUGGCCUUACCUACAUUAUAUUGUUUUCAAAGUCAUAAACCAGCAAAGCUUCUAUUUUGCCUCCCUCUGUUCUCCCCUAUCCACUUCAUAGGACAGGAGCUGUAUUGAGGUAGAAUUUCCAUGCUCUCUGGAUGAGCUCAGCUAAAUUUAAGAGUAGAUUCCCUCAUGGGAUUCUACAGAGAAGCACUCCCUUAAAUGUCAUUUAUGUGUAUUUAACUAUUAGGAAGUGCUUCCCACCAUGGUUCACAUAGACCUCUGAAGAGAGGAAACACCAAAUGUACAUGUGUAUGCAUGUUUGUUUUUAUGUUCCUUUUUAACAUUUGAUAACGCUAAAUCCGACACAAACAUCGGAGCUGUAGAUCUAAUCCAGAGGGACAGCAGUUUUGAGUAAAUCACCUUUAUUUUGUGAGGGUUUUUGAUAUCCCAAACAGGAAAAAAAAUAAAAACUUAACUUACAUGUGCAA